AAAAGAAACCAAACAAAGAGAAAAAAGACACAAUGCCCAUUUAUUCCCCCUUUCAACAGUUAAACAUCCGGAAAAAAAACUGUCUAUUGAGGGAGAGAAGCAGUGUGAAGGAAGCUGAGCGGGCUUAUGGAAUCACAAGGGGAGGCUCCACACCGGCAAAAAGAUGACUGGGUGUUGCGUCAUUGCUUCUAAACAAUGCCAUUGGCCGAGCGUCGUAAGAAGGCGGGGCAUGUGAGCGCUUUGACGUCAGAGUUUGUUUUGAGCAUGCGUUGAAAUAGCACAGUGCCCCGUGUACGUCCGUGUAUUGCUAUAUAACCAGGAAAAAAAAAUGUUCCACUCUCCUCUAGUUCAUUAUAUGUAGACACAAGAACCUCCAACGCUGGAAGCUGUUUGAUCUGAGAAAGCUGCUGUGAGUGUGUGUAUAUUUCCCCUCAGUAGUGUUGAAGUAGGGCACGCAGUACUGCAGCUGCCAGGUACCACGACGGAGACAACACAAGGGGAAAUUACAGAAGAGGACAACGUUUUUUGUUUUUUUCUACCCGGAAAGUUUUAACUCCUCCCACACAGAUGCUUCCGGCCGACCUGAUUGGUGGGAGUGAUGUGUGAACUAGAUGAGCUGGCUGGUCAAUCAGUGGAGCAUGAGAUUGUGCUGACGGGCCGUUCGGCAGUGUUUCUACCUGAGCGCGAGUGGAGGAGAGCAGCAGAUCCACAGUCAGUGGAGGACGAGCUCAGCGGAGGAAUGGGUGUUGGGAAAAACACCACUUCCAAAUCCAUGGACUCCACCACAGAGCCUGGCAAAUACGAGGAGGAGAACAAACACAGUGCACACUUCUAUCCCAUCCCUGUGGUUAACGGUGUCGUGCAGACCGCUGGAGAUCAAGAUGCUGAAGACACGCAGCUCAUGGCUAUUUAUGCAAAAGACAGCCAGACGGAGGACAAGUGCUCCAUAUCAGACACUGUGGACAGUGCAGACAGCAUCGACGCCGGGAGGAUAGACAUGAUAUACACAAUAGAGGACACACCACCUUGGUAUUUGUGUGUGUUCCUGGGUUUACAGCACUAUCUCACCUGCUUCAGUGGAACUAUUGCUGUGCCCUUUUUACUGGCUGAAGCGAUGUGUGUGGGAUUUGACCAAUGGGCAACCAGUCAGCUGAUCGGCACCAUUUUCUUUUGUGUAGGCAUCACCACUCUGCUACAGACCACCUUUGGCUGCCGGCUUCCGUUGUUCCAGGCCAGUGCGUUUGCUUUUCUCGCUCCAGCCAGAGCCAUUCUUUCACUGGAGAAAUGGAAGUGUAAUGCAACAGCUACUCUGUUUUUAAAUAGCACAGAGCUGCCGCACACAGAGGACAUCUGGUACCCCAGGAUACGAGAGAUUCAAGGUGCAAUAAUAGUGUCGUCUCUAAUCGAGGUGGUCAUCGGGGCCUUGGGUUUGCCUGGCGUCCUGCUCAAAUACAUUGGGCCUCUCACAAUCACCCCUACCGUGACCCUGAUCGGGUUGUCGGGCUUCCAGGCAGCUGGCGAGCGAGCAGGCAAACACUGGGGCAUUGCCAUGCUGACGAUAUUCCUGGUGUUGCUGUUUUCUCAGUACGCGCGGAACAUCCACCUGCCGCUCCCCGUCUACAAAUCCAAAAAAGGCUGGACGUCGUACCGCCUGCAGCUCUUCAAGAUGUUCCCAAUCAUCAUGGCUAUCCUGGUGUCGUGGUUUCUUUGCUUCAUCUUUACGGUGACUGAUGUGUUUCCUCCUGAGAAGGACAAAUACGGUUUCUAUGCCAGAACAGACGCUCGACAGGGCAUCCUGGCAGCCGCUCCGUGGUUUAAGAUACCCUACCCCUUCCAAUGGGGUCUGCCCACAGUGACCGCAGCAGGGGUGAUUGGGAUGCUGAGUGCCGUUGUUGCCAGUAUUAUUGAGUCCAUCGGGGACUAUUAUGCCUGUGCCCGUCUCUCCGGUGCCCCUCCACCUCCUAUACAUGCUAUUAACAGAGGGAUCUUUACAGAGGGCCUUUCCUGUGUUCUUGAUGGAGUCUUUGGCACUGGAAAUGGCUCUACAUCUUCCAGCCCAAACAUCGGAGUGCUGGGCAUCACAAAAGUGGGCAGCAGGAGGGUCAUCCAGUAUGGUGCAGCAUUCAUGCUACUGCUAGGAAUGGUGGGUAAAUUUAGCGCUCUGUUUGCAUCGCUGCCGGACCCAGUCCUUGGAGCUUUAUUCUGCACACUAUUCGGCAUGAUCACCGCCGUCGGCCUCUCCAACCUGCAGUUUGUGGAUCUCAACUCGUCCCGCAACCUGUUUGUCCUGGGAUUCUCCAUCUUCUUCGGCCUGGUUCUGCCUAGUUACCUUAAAGAAAACCCACUAGUCACUGGUAUAGUGCAGAUCGAUCAAGUGCUGAAUGUUCUUCUGACGACUGCCAUGUUUGUUGGCGGUUCAGUGGCGUUUGUGUUGGAUAAUACUAUUCCAGGCACUGCAGAGGAGAGGGGCAUCCGUAAGAUGAAUCGUGGAAACAGCUCAUCUAAACGGGAACGAAUGGAAUCCUACGACCUUCCAAUUGGUAUGGACUUCUUGCGGCGCCAUCGCAUUUUCCAGUACCUUCCAAUAAGCCCAACUUUCGCCGGCUACCAGUGGAGCAUCUUCACCCACAGCUGUCGAAACAGGAAAGACGAAAGCAUGCCAGCCAAACCAGAACUGGGAGAAAGUGGAGUAUAGUGUUAAACACCGCCCUAUCCGGUAGGUUUUUAGACAGUCAUCGCGAAGCUUCAUUCCACCCAGUCAGUGAAUUCUGCAGUCCUAUCCUUAAAUACACAACCAGCUUCAGACUCUUUCAUCCUUUAAAAACUCUUCCUUUUGAUCGACUUGUCAUCAAACACUAAAGGCGGUUUCUUGAGCGGUUUUCAGGCGGAUCUGAAAUUGUCCCAAUGACAACGGCGAGUGGAAGCAAGGCAGUUAUACACGUUCGUCUCUUUAUGUGGGAGGAUGUGGCAACACAGACUGAUUGAUGGAAAACACUUUAUAAAAUCCUCCGCAUUUCUAGUAUCAGUGUUCCUUUCUUUGGCCGACCUGCACUGCUCCGUCUGGUAUGUCGAUAAUCAGAUGCGUUUGACGAUAAAUGACAUGCUAAUGAGUUCCAUUGUCACACAUGCCCGUUCACAACAAGCCCACACUCGCUUUAUGCAUGGCACAGUUAUGGAACAAAGUGGAUCGCAAGGUUUACUUAGUGAUGCAAGGUUAUUGUGCUUUAUGUUUGAAUUGCACUGCUUGAAUUAACGCACAAAAUGUAGUUUGCUUGUUCGUGAUUUUAACUUCCAGAAGUUUUUAUGAUUUUAAAGGGUUAGUUCAACAUGAAGUGAAAAUUCUGUCGUUUACUCAGCUUUGUUUCGUUUCAGAACACAAAUUAUGAUAUUUUUUAUGAAAUAUGAGAUAUUUUGCCUCUCGAUUGUAACUGAUCCAAGUUUCGAUAUUCAAAAUCUUCAGAAAUACAAACUAAAAUUAAUACAUGAUGGUCAGUUUAAUCACAAUUUUACGAAUUGUUAGUAGUCUUUGUGUGAGGGAAAUAAAAACAGAUAUUUUGCCUCUAGAUUGUAUCUGAUCGAAAUUAUAAAAAUUCUAAAUCUUAAGAAAGACAACUUAAAAAUAAUACAUAUUGGCCAAUUUUAUUACAAUUUUAUCAGUCAAUAAAAGUAUUUAUGUGUGGGGAAAAAAAGAACGAAGAAAAAUUAAUUAGCGUUUUGAAAAUAACCGAAAUCUUUGGCGUUUCGAAUGACAUGAGAGUAAAUAACAGAAUUUUCUUUCUGGGUGAACCAAGUCCCAAUGCCUUAAAAAGAUUGAGUCACUCAAGUUUAUGUCGUUAGUUAGCUGCUAUUUUGAUAAAUAGUUCUUGAAAAAUGAGGGCGUUUCUUAUCACCAGUAAUAAAUACUGUUUGUGCCACCUUGAAUUGCUAGUUUCAGAGGCGGACGCAAGUCAAGGAAAGCUAUGCAGUAGGUAAAAUGACACGCACAGAAAAAAAAAAAACACGAAUGUAUAAUCAGUGCAUGGUUUGCAAAAGAAGGAAGACUGGAAGGGAAAAACUUGAGAAUGGUUGCACUCAGGUCUUGUUGAAAGACGGUGGGGAAAACGUUUUUUAUAACUAUAUUGAGCUCGGUUCUGAGCGCCACAUUUUUUUUUUUUUUGGUCUGUCCUUUGUUUGAUGUAGGUGACGCUUCCUCACCGCUGUUGAUGUGAAUGUGGUUUAUAUUGUAGAUCCCACAAGCACUGCUGAUGUGGUUUGUUUGUGAGGAAGAGCAGAGUUUAGUGGGCAUUUAUAUAGAGGGCGGCAAUCUGAACAUUAAACCUGGAAGACUUAUGCACUGCUGGUUACCUAAAGAUGUCCUGUGGGUUUUAAUAAUGGGGAUUUUUAAGUUCAUGAGUGAAAUAAAUUCUGUUAAACAUAACUUGAUGAUACCUUAAUGUUUUGCUAAAAAAAAUAUUGACACACAUCAGUACCAAAGAUGUUUAUUUUUUGAAAAAGUAAGUUCUUGAUAUGUUUUGUGGUUGAGUGUGUUCAUUUGUAAUUUGUUCAGCAAAACAUCUUUGCAAAAACGUACCUUCAAGUCACAUUUACCACAGACCUUAUUUGGAUAAAUUAAUUUGAGUAAAGUUGUCUUAUCUUCAUUGAUUGUCGACAUUGUUAGAUUUUAGACCUACAUCUCUUCUGAAAAAAUAGCUUAAACCAGCCUAAGCUAGUUAGCUGGUUUUAGCUGGUUGACCAGCCAAGCUUAAGACAAGUUUUAGCCCUUUCCAGGUUGGUUUCAGUUAUUUCCAACUGGCUGGGAGAUGACCAGCUUGAUCAGCCUAGCCAGGCUGGGAGCCCAGCCAAAACCAGCUAUGUCCAGCUUAAACCAGGCUGAUCAAGCUGGUUUUAGCUGGUCAUUUCCCAGCCUGAACAGCUAAGACCAGGCUUGAAAUUGCUGAAAUCAGUCUGGAAAUUGCCAAAACAUCUCUAAAACCAGGCUGAUCAACCAGCUAAAACCAGCUGAAAAAGCUGUUUUUUUUUCAACAGGGAUUUAAAUUCAAGCAGAAAAUAUACACUAAUUGUAAAAAAUGUAGAAAUGACACUCAAAAUCUCUUCACUGAGGUAAAUUUAUCUGUUGUCUUCAUCACUGUCGAGUAGUGUCGAAUUAGCUUCAGUAACAUCAGAUAAGCUAGCAACAUAACAUUUUACUCUGAACAAUUACAAAAAUCCAAUUCAUUUUAAUUUCUUUGAGGUAGAUUUAUCUGUUGUGCUAGUUUACUGUUGAUUAUUAGCAACACAUUAGCAAUAUUCGUGAUUAGCAUCACAGUCCAUUACAUUUCACAUUGGAAAAGAAUAGAAAUCAAGGUCAACCAAAUCAAGGUUGAUUGGAAAUUUGGCUCAAUUUAGAGUUCACAUUCUAUCUUCACUGAAGUAAAUUUAUCUGUUGUCUUCAUCAACCGUCGAGUAGUGUCGAAUUAGCUUCAGUAACAUCAAAUAAGCUAGCAACAUAACAUUUUACUCUGAACAAUUACAAAAAUCCAAUUCAUUUAAUUUCUUUGAGGUAGAUUUAUCUGUUGUGCUAGUUUACUGUUGAUUAUUAGCAACACAUUAGCAAUAUUCGUGAUUAGCAUCACAGUCCAUUACAUUUCACAUUGGAAAAGAAUAGAAAUCAAGGUCAACCAAAUCAAGGUUGAUUGGAAAUUUGGCUCAAUUUAGAGUUCACAUUCUAUCUUCACUGAAGUAAAUUUAUCUGUUGUCUUCAUCAACCGUCGAGUAGUGUCGAAUUAGCUUCAGUAACAUCAAAUAAGCUAGCAACAUAACAUUUUACUCUAAGAAAUUAAAUGAAUUGGAUUUUUGUAAUUGUUCAGAGGUAGAUUUAUCUGUUGUGCUAGUUUACUGUUGAUUAUUAGCAGCACAUUAGCAAUAUUUGUGAUUAGCAUCACAGUCCAUUACAUUUCACACUGGAAAAGAAUAGAAGGUCAACCAAAUCAAGGUCAAUUGUAAAUGUGGCUCUAAUUAGAGUCUGCAUACUGUCUUUUCUCAUGUAAAUUUAUCUGUUGUGUUUGUCACAGCAGGAGAAUCAACUCAGUAAAGGAAAUACAUGUACUUUUGUGCUUUUUAGGGGGAUUUCUCCCCCCCCCCCCCCCCACCUGUCUCAUAAACUGAAAACCCCAUUAUAUUUAUAAACAAAUUGUAAGGGAACCAGAGGCGAAUUAGUCUUUUAGGUUUUAAUGUCACAUCCGCAAGACUCUGUCUGCACCCUCUAAACUGUACUAUUAAAUACUAGUCUACAGCAUUAUUACAAUGAAUACUAAUCGUUGAUAUUUAGUUGACUAUAGAAUUCUCAUUUUUGGUUUACAGAUAUUUUAUAAUCUUUACAGUAACAAAAUCAAAUGAAACAAAGUCUUUAAAUGUACACUAUCAGUUAUUGUUACACCUUCUGUGAUUUCUGUGAUAUCACGAAAGAUCAUGAAAGAGCCUUGUUUUGUUGAAAAUAUGUGCAGUUAUUCUUUCACCUCUGCGAGAACCUCAUUUAGAUCUCCGUCUGAUGGUCGCGUGUGUUUCA